AUGGCAGCGGUUCUAGAUUUCAAAUCCAUCCCAGCUGUAGAAGGGCAGCCACGAGGGAAUGCUUGGAAGCUAUGGGGCUCCGACGAUGGUGUGGGAACUUUGAAUUACUUGACACCUAGCGUUGUACUUGAGGCUGCGAAAGAGAUCAAGUUAGGGAAAAGCGUUCAACUUGAUGCAAGGCUAGAUCAGUUUGAACAGGCCUAUGCUGGGAGAGAGGGGUUCCAACAUACAAUCAUCGACUACAAAGGCGACAACCCAGGAGGGCUCAACUUCUAUGGUCAUGACGAUGUGUUACGCUUUAAUACCCAAGGAAGUUCUCAGUGGGACGGAUUACGCCAUGUUGGAAUACAAGAGUCGGGCCUCUACUACAACGGCGUUCGACACGAAGAUAUGAAGAAGGGUGGAAAACUCGGGACACACAAAAUUGUAGAACGUGGUGGUAUUGUUGGGCGAGGAGUGUUAUUAGAUUACCACCGGUGGCGAGCGGAGAGUGGUAAGCCACCUGCACCAGUUACAGAGACAUUCGCAAUUACUGUGGAAGAGCUGGAUCAAGUGGCACGCAGCCAGAACGUCAGCUUGCGGCUUGGCGAUAUUCUCAUUAUUCGAAGCGGAUUCAUGCACUGGUACAGGCGAGCUUCCUCAGAACAGAGAGCCAAGGCAAUGGAAAGGAACAAGUUCAUUGGCGUUGAGCCUAGUCAGCAGACAGUCGAAUGGUUCUGGAACCAUCAUUUUGCUGCAGUGGCAGGGGACAUGAUGGGCUUUGAGACAGUGCCAACGAACAUGGGGGAAAAAGACAAGGUAUUUAUGCAUGAAUGGUUUCUUAACCAUUGGGGAACCCUGAUUGGCACUACCGCCGCUACAGCUGCAGGUACUGCUCUCCUGGGAAUGUACCUUGCGGCCAAGACCCAGAUAAUGGAGGACUUGCGGGUCGAGCGUGCAACACGCAGGUAUGUACAGGAGAUGGGCAAGUCGGACAAACGAGGCAACUUAUCUCUUUUCCUGGUUUUGGAGCACAAUGCCCGGACAAUGCCAUCUGCAUCCUCGAUCUCUUACGCCCCGACUGGUUAUGAGGAGACAUGGUCGUCGACAUACUCCUCGGUGCUUUGUUUUGCUGCUUUUUUUCGAAACCUGGGAGUGAAAGCAAUGGAAGUAGUGGCAAUCGACUGUACUAACAAACCAGUCUUCCUCCAUAUGUGGCUCGCGCUUGCAUCUCUAGGGGCGAUACCUGCAUACAUCAACUAUAACCUCUCGGGCGAGCGUCUAGUCCAUUGUGUCAGCGUGUCUCGGUCCAGGUUCCUAAUAGUAGAUGAAGAAGUUUCUGAUAAGGUUGCGGCGUCCGCUCCGAUCAUCAAAGACAUGGGUAUCGAGAUUGUCAACCUGGAUCGCAGCAUGAGAAAUAUGAUAGAGGCGUUGCCACCCUUCCGGUCCGACUUCGAUCCAGGCAUGAAUAAACAGACCUCCAUCUCAUGCAUUUUCUACACGAGUGGAACUACGGGACUUCCCAAGCCUGCCGCUUUUCCAUUAUACAAAUGGUAUGCCUGUGGCCUGAUGAUGGCAGACUUCCUCAAAUUUACUCCCAAGGAUAGAUUCUAUACCUGCAUGCCGCUAUACCACGGCUCUGCGAAUGCAUGCUUCAUGAUCUGUCUGUUCACUGGAGGUUGCUUCUGUAUAGGGCAUCGUUUCUCGGUUACUCGCUUCUGGGACGAGGUGCGCAACUCUAGAGCAACAGCAGUUAAUUACGUCGGAGAGACCUGUCGUUAUCUAUUGUCUUCUCAGCCUUCCCCUAGCGACCGCAACCAUUCAGUACACUCCGCCUUUGGAAAUGGCCUCAGGCCGGAUAUCUGGAAGGCGUUUCGUGAUCGUUUUGGUAUAACCAACAUUGUCGAAUUUUAUGGAGCCUCGGAGAGUAUUGGAUCGACGUUGAACUAUAACUCGGGGCCAUUUGGCGUAGGGGCUGUUGGGAGAGAUGGUCUUCUGCAAAGGUAUCUCAAGAGGAACGAUGUGAUCGUAAUCCAGGUCGACACCGAUACCCUGGAACCGAAGCGUGACUCGGCAGGUUUAUGCGUGAGAUCUGUGAAAGGAGAACCCGGAGAGUUCCUGUUACAAAUACGGCAACGUGAAGCAUUCUGUGGAUACUACGGGAACGAGAAGGCCACAGAGGAGAAGAUCUUGCGCAAUGUGCUGAAGAAAGGGGACAUGUUCUUCAGAAGUGGUGAUCUCCUCAGUCAAAAUAGCGACGGGUUCUGGUACUUCGUUGAUCGUCUAGGGGAGACUUUCCGUUGGCGCUCUGAGAAUGUUAGCACAAUGGAGGUCACCGCCGCCAUGGCCAAAUAUCCAGAGAUCGCCGACAUCGUUGUUUACGGUGUCAAUCUACCUAAGCAUGAGGGAAAGGCGGGCUGCGCAUGCAUCGUGCCAAGAACAGGCGUCAGUAUAAAUCUACAGCAGUUAUUCGAACAUGCACUUCAGUCACUGCCAAAAUAUGCGGUUCCACUGUUCAUCAGAAUCACCAGUGAGAUUCCUAAAUUGGAGAACAACAAACAUUUGAAGGCACCCCUGGCAAAGGAGGGUGUCGAUCCUGAAAUAGUGCCAGGACACGAUCAGAUGUACUGGCUCAAGGGCGGAGUGGCAGGGGCCAAGACGUAUGUUGAGUUCACAGAGUUGGACUGGUCAAACAUAAAAUCAGGAAAUGUAUCACUAUAG